AUGCAAGUCUCCGACGCGGGCCAUUCGAAUGGCUCCGCUAUCUCGCCGACCCAUUACGGUGCGGAGGAGGACUCCCCAACCUCCAUCCACGCAUCCCACGACGAAAUGCCUGAAGGUAGCGGUGGCAGCGGUGGAAGCGGUCCUGAGGACGCCGACGAUCUUGGUCGAUACGAUUCGCAAUCCGAGAUGAUGACCCCAUUGCAAGAUUCAUCGAUUGACGAACUGCCUCCACUAGCCGGCAGUUGGAGCUCCUCCGCAUCCGCACAGAACGCUCUUCGACAUCGUGAAGGCACCGGAUCCCACGAAACCAACGCGUCCAGCGCGAGUUCUUCGGGAAACCCCCCUCCAAUACAAACCGGCGGACGAUCCUCGCGUCCCAGUGUCGUUCGAACACCAUCGAAUACAUACGCUCCCCAGCGAAGACCGACAAACCACACCCAGGCUAGCUCAAGUAGACAACGGGGUAGCUCAUUGAGCCGAUCAUCAAGACAGACGUCUCAGAAUGACACGAACCCAAUGACCCGGGUGUGGCCCAGGAACCCGAACGCCGAAUACCGAGCACAGGAAGCGGCCUACAUGAAGCGAAUUCGGCAAGAUGGACCUCGUGAGGGCCAUUUCUUCGACCCGGAACUACGGACGCCCUCUCUCGACCCCGGCAGUAACACACCAUCCGAGCAGGCGGCGACGGAUGAUGAAGGCGAAAGCCUGGCGAGUGCCGACUAUUUCGACAACGAUUCCUACGAUCCGGAAGCGCUGUUGUAUUAUGGGAACGAUGAUAACAUGCAACCCAGCGUCGAGGAACUCAAGAUCCCCGCCAACCGAGAGCGAUUGGAAUGGCACUCGAUGCUUGCCAGCGUCCUCACAGGGGACGUAGUGAAGCAAGAGAAGAAGCGGCUCAUUGGUACCGGGGAAAACGUCAGGGGAGAUCAUGCGCUCAAAGCGGAAAUGUGGCUCGAGAUUCGCGCAAAGGUGUGCGGUCGAGCGAUAUUAACACAACAACGUCUCCUGGACGAGGGCCGGCAGCAUAUCCGAACCAUGUUCGAAGAGGUCAUCACUUUUGAAGUACAAGGGGUAAGCGAGACCGGCAAAGCACCUCUGGAACAGGUCAAGGAGAUCGUCAAGAAGAUCGAUAAGAUCGAGUCCAUGUAUCCGACGACCAAGGACCUCCUCACCGAGCAGCCUCGUGCUCAAUCGAGAGAAUACAAAAGCGCGACCGAGACCAUUCUCGCAUGGCUCAACACGAUGGAGUUGAUGCAUAUUGAGUUGGAAACCUUGAAGACGUGGGUUGGUAACGAGGAGUUGAACCUCCGCCACCCGAGAACUCGACUGGGCUAUGGAGGUUCGCCCCAGGACACUCCAGGCGACAGCUCCACCUCGAGUUCGCUGCAUUUGAACGAUGACUCCAGUUUCGUCGAUCGGAUCAUGCGGGAUGACGGUUUGCAGCAUCUGCUCGGCCAACCUCGACACCCCGGCGAGAACGCUCUGGAGAAGCUGGUUCGCGAAAAGAACAUCCUCGGAAGCCUGGCCAUGGUCACCCAGAAGGCGAAGGACAGCGUGAUCCAGUUUGCCGAAGGGUUCCAUGAGAGGCAUCUUCCACCGUUCAUUGAAGAGCUUCAGAUUCUCAUUAACUUCCCCACUCGCUUGGUGAAGGAGAUCAUCAAAAUGAGGCUUGACCUCGCAAAGUCGAUGAAGGACCCUGCUCAGCAAGGUGUUCUGAUGACCGAACAGAUGAUCGCCCAAUUUCAACUUUUGCUGCACUUGGCUGUUCUUGUCAAGGAAGCCUAUGGGAUCAUUUCUCGCCCACAACCGGGUUGGGACCCACCGGAUUGCAUUGAGGAAGACUUCGACGUGGUUGUCGUGGACGCUAUGAAAUUUUAUUUCCGAAUGUUGAACUGGAAAUUGAGCGCCAACAAGAAUACGUUCAAAGAAGCGGAGAUCCUGCUUCAUGAAUGGACGACAUCCAAUGAACUCGGCCGGCAUCUCAACGGUGGCGAUGUUGAGGUCGCCGAGCAGUUCAGCAUGCUCACCUCGAAGAGUAUGGCGAGACUGACCGGCCAUUUUGAACAAGAGCUACGCCGUCCACUCGAGGAGAUUGGAAAGAACGAGAUGGAGAAGCGGUAUAAGCUGAUCCUCGAUUCGGUCCGCGUCCGACAGCGUGCAUUGUUCCGCUUCUCGAGAACGCUCACCGACCGAUUCGAGAAUUGUACCGAGUACAACAUCAAUAUCGAUCGCGAGCAGCAGAUGGAGCUGUACGACGCCCUCAUCUAUUCCGGCCACUUCCUGGUGGAGAACACCAUGGCCCAAAACGAAGAUAUCUACAUCAUUGCGUCUCCCGCAUUGGAGGAUCGAGAUUCCGAUAUUUUUUCGCUCAUGGGGACCUACUACCAUCCCGAGGACAAUCCCGACGAUCCUUCGAAUCCCUACGUGUUGAUUCUGAAACCGGAAAGCCCGCUGAUUUGGGCCGGCGCCAUUGUCAAGAUGUCUUUCCAAUCUCCUGUUCUCGACCUCAAGACCGGACGGCUCCGUCUGGUCGCCGAUGGCUCGCAGCAACGCCUCGCCAACGCCAAACUAUCCUUCACCCAGGCCAUCAGCAUGCCCCUAAACAUCCUCAUCGAAGAACGUGCCAACCUCCCCCGUGUCAACCAGGAGCUGCACCGUAUCAAGAAGACCGCCUACAAACUCUCGAAUACCAUCAUGGACAGCGUCGAAAUCAUUCGCAACCAGACGAAAGGCUACGAGUGUCAGGAACUCAUCCAGACCUGCUUUGCCUUCGCGACGGAGUUUGGUCAGCGGUCCGUUCUCUACAUGGACUUCAACCGCCGUGCGCUCAACAAUGCGCGUCUCACCAAGCUCGCGCUCGAAUGGAUCGCCUUCAUCUGCGACGACUGCGUCGCGUCCGAUAAGCGGACGUUUCGUUGGGCGGUUGUUGCGCUGGAAUUCGCCAUGGUGAUGACCCGCGGCAACAACCUGCUAUCUCUUUCCGACGGGGAUUAUGCCAAGCUUCGCGCGAAGGUUGCCGGCUGCAUGUCGCUGUUGAUCUCCCACUUCGAUAUCAUGGGCGCACGGAGCACGCUGGCUGCACAGAUCGAGAAGCAGCAGAAGCAAAUCGGCAAGCAUUUUCUCGACGUGAGCAAAUUGAAGGAUGACGAGGAGAGUGCCAUGGCGGUGCGAUUGCAGUGGGUGGAGCAGCUGGAUGAGAUUGAGCGACUGCGAAGAGAAAAAGAAUCGGAGAGACAGGCGCUGGGACGAGUAUUGGAAGGGACCAACGAGGCCGAGCGAGCGCUCACGUAUUUGUCCGCUAGUGCAAGCAACGUCACGCUUCGCUGGCAGCAAGGACAGUUCGUUGGUGGUGGCACGUUCGGCUCGGUGUAUGCCGCGCUCAACAUGGACACGGGUCAGCUCAUGGCUGUCAAGGAGAUCCGGUUACAGGAUCCGCAACUCAUUCCCAACAUCGUGGGCCAAAUCCGCGAUGAGAUGAGCGUGCUUCAGGUGCUCGACCAUCCGAACAUUGUGAGCUACUAUGGUAUCGAGCCGCAUCGUGACAAGGUGUACAUCUUCAUGGAGUAUUGCAAUGGCGGUAGCGUGUCUGCGCUGCUGGAGCAUGGUCGGAUCGAGGAUGAGAAUAUCAUCCAGGUAUAUGCGCUGCAGAUGCUUGAGGGCCUCGCGUAUUUGCACGAGAGGAGGGUGGUCCAUCGGGACAUCAAGCCCGAGAACAUCCUCUUCGACCAAGACGGCAUCAUCAAAUUCGUCGACUUCGGUACCGCCAAAGUCAUCGCCCGCCACAGCACCACCUUCAUAUACCAACGCGAACCCCAACACGCCCAAUCCUCCACCCACCAACAAAACGUCAGCCCUUCCGACCUCUCCGGCAUCCGCAACCCCGGACCCCCCAUCCACGGCCGCCAGAACUCGAUGACCGGCACGCCUAUGUAUAUGUCCCCUGAAGUGAUCAAAGGCAACACCGAAGGCCGCCUCGGCGCCGUCGACAUCUGGUCGCUCGGCUGCGUGAUCCUCGAGAUGGUGACGGGCCGCCGCCCGUGGGCGGCACUAGACAACGAGUGGGCGAUCAUGUACAACAUCGCGCAGGGCAACCCGCCGCAGCUGCCGAGCCGCGAUCAGUUGAGUCACCUGGGCGUGGACUUCUUGAACAAAUGCUUCGAGCGCGACCCCACGAAGCGCGGCAGCGCGGCCGAGUUGUUGCAGCAUGACUGGAUCAUACCGGUGCGGCGGCAGUUGAGUUUGCAGGUGGACGAGACGGCGCGGACGCCGGGGAGCGAGGCGAGUAGUUUCAGUGCGGCGUCGAGUAUUAGUAGGCAUUCGUCGCAUAGCUGA